CUGCUGCACCAUGGGAUUAUCGGUCGACUGUCGCAUGUUCGACGCAGCGGUGAUAAGGGCCUUUUCCCGCUCGAUCUUGCGGUAGACCGAGGCGAUGAGAUCGUCCCCGUCCAUGGUGAGGUGUCCGCGGACGAUGGAAACCGAAGGGAAAUUGGAGGAACUCGAGCAAUGCGACCUAAGGGUGGAAAUGAAGGUGGUGGGGUGAGAAGAAGGGGGAAAAAAAGGAGGGAAGAGGAAGAGGGGGGGAGGGGAGGUGGUGGUGGCCGACGAUCGGGAGAUAGGAUGUUGUUGUGGUGGUGGUGGUGUGGAGGUGCAGAAGGAAGAAACAGCAACAGCAGCAAUAGCAGGUGUCGCGGGGCUCUUGUUGACAGUUGCAGGGGGACAGGGAGGGGAAUCCGAUCGAUCGCAACGGGAUGUCAGGUCAGUCAGUCAAUAAUGCUUAAGCCACUCGGAAAACGUGAGACAAAAUGGCCCGUGGCGAUGACGGCUCAGACCCUCGUGUUGGUUGCUGGCAACCCAACUGUGGCUCAGGCAGUGGAAAGAAAAAAACCGAGAGAAGGAAAGAAGAUGAGGGAGUGUGAAAGCCCGUGUUGCUUAUUCUUCCUUCUUCUUCGUUCCUUACCGCCCGGCAUCAAGCCCUUUCUCUCCUUCAGGCAAGCAGUCACCGGCCGGAAUGCGCAUCAGCCACACUCCGUUUCCCCCAAAUGGAUCUGAUCCAUCAUCGGCCAAUUCACGGCCGGUAAUGAUGCAAUGUUCAACUUCACUCGGACUGGAUCCGGACAGGGUCUUCUACCACUGGCUCUGGUGGAAUCCGUUUCAGCUUUCACCGGGACUUGUCAGUGACAAGCCCAGGGGCACAAUCAGGUAGAUAAACACUAUUUGGUUUUCUCCCAAACCUUGGGCCCACUUUUCGACCUCACUUUUUGACCUCAAUAAACAAACAACCCGACUAAGGAGACUCGACAAAAGACCCUGAAGUUUAUUUCAGGGUUACUGAGAUUCCCCAAGUUUGUGUGCCAUUCCACUCCCUCUAGCUUGGCGACCCAGAUCGAUCCCUUUGCCCACAGUCACAGCCAC